AUGACACAUCUCGACCUCACCAACACCCAGAAUCUCCCACCCCAUAUCGCCUCUUUGCUGAGCACGGCCCACAACACCUCCACCAUCCCAGGCGACAGCGACCUCGACCUCUUCUUCCACUGCUGGAUCCGGCCGCACUGCCCGGCAUGCCUGUCCGCGUCGAACCCGUACCCGUGCUCCUGGUGCGCCACGUCGCAGACCUGCGUCCCCAACACGGUCUAUCCGUAUCCGUUUGGGAUCCUCUCGCCCCUCAAGACCGCCGACCUCUGUCCCCUGGGGUGGCGCGAGCGGUGGGAACUGCGCGCCCGACCAUUCAGCUGUCGGUGCUCGAGCAUGACGUUUGUGAGUGUCGUGGUCGCCGUGCUGGCGACGUUGUUGGGCCUGUGCUUGAUCUGGGCGGGCGUGAGGGCCGGGAGGUGGGCUGGGAGGAAGUGGAGGGGGAGAAAGCAGGGGCGGUGGAUGGUGGUGUGGACGAGGAGCGGUAGCGGCGAGAGUAGGGAUGCUGCUACGAGUACGGCGACAGACGUACAGAGACGGAGGGAUACUGGUGGUGGCGGUGGUAGAGCAGCAACAGACGAGACGACGCCAUUGCUUGUAUGA